AUGAGUGAUCAGCCAGCUCUCGUUCCUCCGAAAUGGCCCAUGUUGGUUUAUUAUGGAAUGUCUAUUGUAUCACUUCCACUUUAUUUUCUGGUUUUCGUGUCAUUUCUUCGUCUUCGAUGUGUAUCAAAAACAUACAAUUCGACAUUCUAUUCUAUUCUACUACAACAUUGUAUUGCCGAUCUUCUAGCAAUGAUAAUCUUCUUUCUGACCAAUCCAAUGCGUGUCUUGCCGUACAUUCGAGAGUUCUUCUUCAACUACCAGCAGUAUUAUAUUACAGCAGCUAGCUACAAUUCCGUGUAUUAUUUUCUUUAUAUCCGAUGUACUGGAAUAGUAUUUCUCUCACUUCAGAGAUACUAUGUCAUCUGUUGUCCGACGUACCAACUAACUUAUAAAGUUCAAAGUGCAUCUAAUUUGAGAAUAAUAUUGAUUUAUUGGUUGACGCCUACGAUAAUCAGUAUUGUCGUCUUGAAAGACACCGAUUUUUCGUAUGAUAGUUUUGAGAGAAUGGCUAUUAUCGCAGAUCAAGAUGUCAUUCAGAGGAAUACACUAAUGGCUCUGAUUGUCGUAAGCUUGACCUGUGUGAUAUGCUCAUUCGCUUAUGGGGCACUCUUCUAUUACAUCAGAAAACACACUGCUGGUCUGUCGAAAUCUCUUCGUCGUGAAAUCCACUUAGCCGUCCAAGUAUUCGUCCUUCUCAUUGCAUUCUUCGCUGUGUUGGCGUACUAUGGAUUCCAAAAUUAUUUCUCACAAACACAUAAUACUGGUCCAAUAUUUUACAUGCGUGCUCUUUACCCAGUUGCUAAUGGAUUAUUAUCCUACAUCAACCCAUUCUGCAUUCUAUUUCUGAACAAAGAUCUUGCUCGUCAAGUUUAUCAAUCAGCAACAUGCCGGAAAUACACAGUGAGCGAUGUUCCAAUAUCUGGAGUCAUCACAACAUCGACAAAACAUCCAGUACGGACAGACGGCAUUCAUGAACAUCACAGUCCUCAAGUUUGUAUCGCCGAUCUCCUUGCUAUGAUCGUCUUCUUUGUUGCUGUUGAUGCGCGAGAGUACUCCUUUUUGAAGCAGUACUAUUUUCAAUACCAGCAAUAUUAUGUUGCAGCAGCCAGCUAUAACAAUAUAUACUAUUUUCUCUACAUCCGAUGCACUGGAAUUAUUUUUUUGUCACUUCAGAGAUAUUUGAUUAUCACUGCUCCAACUUCUUAUAUCACUCAUAAAGUUCAAAAUGCAUCAAAUUUACAAAUUAUAACAGUUUACUGGACUGUUCCCACAUUGAUCAGUAUAGUGGUUCUCAAAGAUUAUAACAUUUCGUAUGCCAACUUGGAAACAAUGGCAAUGAUGGCAGACCAGGAGGUUAUCAAAAGAAACACAUUGAUGGCUCUGAUUGUAGUCAGUUUGACAUGUGUUACGUGCUCUUUGCUAUACGGAUCUCUCUUCUAUUACAUCAGAAAACACACAGUUGGACUCUCAAGAUCUCUCCGUCGAGAAGUUCAUUUGGCAUUCCAAGUGUUUGUUCUACUUUUAGCUUUCUUUGCAAUUCUUGUGUACUAUGGAUUCCAGAACUACUUUUCGCAGACUCAAAAUACUGGCCCAAUAUUCUACAUGCGAGCGUUGUACCCGAUGGCCAAUGGACUUCUCUCGUACAUCAAUCCAUUUUGUAUUCUAUUUUUGAACAAGGAUCUGGCGUUCCAAGUGACUCGGUCAAUCACUUGUAAUAAGUUCAAAGUGUGUAUCGCCGACAUCAUCAUUAUGAUCUUUUACACAACCACUUGGGGACUCCGAACUAAACCAGGAAUCCGUGACUUUCUGUUCAAGUAUCAGGAAUACUACAUUGCCGCUGCUCUCUAUAACUCUAUUUAUUACACCCUUUACAUUCGAUGCACUGGAAUUGUAUUCCUCUCCGUCCACCGUUUUCUGGUUAUUUCUGCUCCAACCCACCGUAUAACUGCAAUAAUCCAAGAAGCAAAAACGUGGCAAAUCAUCGCAUUCUACUGGACUGUACCCACUAUAAUCAGUAUAAUUGUUCUGAAAGAGACGGAUGUUCAUUACAAUUCCAUGGAAGCUCUAGAAUAUGUAGUACUAAAAGAUGUGUUGUCGAGAAACACCCUGAUGGCUCUUAUUACUCUAUCUUCAACAUGUAUGAUAUGUGUGGUUUGUUAUGUUGUAAUGUUCAUCAUUAUCAGAAAACACAAAACUGGGAAUCAGAAAACUCUCCAGCGUGAAUUCUUCCUCGCAUUUCAAGUAUUGGCUCUCUUAUGUGCAUUUUUCAUCAUGUUCACGUACUACGCUCUGGUCAACUAUUUCUCCAGAACUCAAAAUUGUCUAGCUGAUAUUCUCACAAUGAUAGUGUUCAUAACCACUUGGUGUCUUCGCACAGUUCCUCCCUUCAAAGAUGUUUAUUUUAAGUAUCAAGACUAUUAUAUUCCCGCUUGGAGCUAUAACUCGGCUUACUAUACUAUAUUCAUCCGAUGCAGUGGAAUUGUGUUACUUUCAGUUCACCGUUAUCUAGUAAUUUCUGCUCCUCAUAGCCUGGUUACAGCUAUAGUUCAAGAAGCAGCCACAUGGAAGAUUGUAAUGGUUUAUUGGACUAUACCCACUUUAAUCAGUAUUGUAAUUCUGAAAGAUACAGAUAUCCAUUAUGACUCAUUGGCAACCAUGGAGUGGGUUGUGCCAAGAGAAAUUAUUGCAAGGAACACCAUGAUGGCUCUCAUAAUUGUUGCAUUGACAUGCUUCAUAUGCGUCGGCUCGUACUUUGCAAUGUGGGUCAUUCUUCGACAACAAUCCUCGAAAUUUUCAAAAACUCUCCAGAGGGAGCUAUACUUGGCAUUUCAAGUAUUGGCUCUCUUAUGUGCAUUUUUCGUGAUGUUUUUGUAUUUUCUCCUCAAUAGCUACUUCUCGCAGACUCAGAAUUCUGGUCCAGUUUACACAUUGCGUGCCUUUUACCCUAUUGCCAAUGGAAUUCUCUCCUACAUCAAUCCGUACUGUAUCCUUUUUCUCAAUCGAGAAUUCUGUCGACAAUUUAUGACAACUCUGAAAGGUGCAGGGAUACGAGUGAGCGAAGCGAAGAUAUCCAUUGUCUCAGCUGCACAACCUGGCACGUGUCUUGCUGAUAUUCUAACAAUGAUAGUGUACAUGACUUCUUGGGGUCUUCGAACAGUUCCUGGUUUCAAAGAUGUUUAUUUUGAGUAUCAAGACUAUUAUAUUCCUGCUUGGACCUAUAACUCGGCUUACUAUACUAUAUUCAUCCGAUGCAGUGGAAUUGUGUUACUUUCAGUUCACCGUUAUCUAGUAAUUUCUGCUCCUCAUAGCCUGGUUACAGCUAUAGUUCAAGAAGCAGCCACAUGGAAGAUAGUAAUGGUUUAUUGGAUUAUACCCACUUUAAUCAGUAUUGUAAUUCUGAAAGAUACAAAUAUCCAUUAUGACUCAUUGGCAACCAUGGAGUUGGUUGUGCCAAGAGAAAUUAUUGCAAGGAACACCAUGAUGGCUCUCAUAAUUGUUGCAUUGACAUGCUUCAUAUGCGUCGGCUCGUACUUUGCAAUGUGGGUCAUUCUUCGACGACAAUCCUCGAAAUUUUCAAAAACUCUCCAGAGGGAGCUAUACUUGGCAUUUCAAGUAUUGGCUCUCUUAUGUGCAUUUUUCGUGAUGUUUUUGUUUUUUCUCGCCAAUAAUUACUUCUCGCAGACUCAGAAUGCUGGUCCAGUUUACAUAAUGCGUGCCUUGUACCCUAUUGCCAAUGGAAUUCUCUCCUACAUCAAUCCGUACUGUAUCCUCUUUCUCAAUCGUGAAUUCUGUAGACAAUUUAUGAGAAUGCUGAAAUGUGCAGGGAUACGAGUGAGCGAAGCGAAAUUAUCCAUUGUUUCAGCUGCACAACCUGGCACGUGUAUCGCUGACAUUAUAGCUAUGAUAGUGUUCAUCACAAUCUGGGGAAUCCGAAUGGUUCCUGGCCUAAAAGAGUUUUAUUUUCGUUACCAAGAGUAUUACAUUGCUGCCUGGACAUACAACUCUAUUUACUUCUUUUUAUAUAUUCGUUGUGCUGGAAUAGUUUUCCUAUCCAUCCAUCGCUAUCUUGUUAUAUCCGUUCCUCACCAUUCGAUCACUAUGAAAAUUCAAGAAGCUUCCACGUGGAAAAUUGUGAUUGUCUACUGGGUAUUACCAACAUUGAUAAGCAUUGUUGUGCUGAAAGACACUGAUUUUCAUUAUGAUGCACUGGAAACAAUGGAGGUGGUCGCACCGAGACCUGUGAUAACGCGCAAUACUCUGAUGGCACUGAUAAUUGUUGCGAUGACUUGUUUGGUUUGUGUGGUUUCCUAUUUAGCUCUAUGGAAGUUCUUGAGAAAACAUACUGCUGGAAUUUCAAAAUCUCUCCAAAGAGAAAAGCACUUGGCUUUCCAAGUUCUUGCGCUUCUCUGUGCAUUCUUUGUGAUGUUUGCUUAUUAUAUUUUCCAGAAUUACUUCUCCCAAACCCAAAAUACCGGACCAAUCUACACAAUGCGUGCUCUUUAUCCAAUAGCCAAUGGAAUCCUUUCAUACAUCAAUCCAUUCUGCAUUCUUCUGCUUAAUCGAGACUUCUCCAGACAGUUUUUGAGAACUUUGAAAUGUGAGAGUGUCAGAAUCAGUGAGAUCAAAGUGUCGACAAUGAAUUCACAGUCAGUUCAGAGGAAACAUUUAUGA